AUAGAAAAAAAUUUAGAUAAAAUUAAUAAAAACAAGAAGACCAAGUUGAAAUUCAGAGAGACAUACAAAAAAAAAAAAAAAAAAAAAAAUGUAUGUGACAAGGCCUCUUUCCAUGUACAGAGAGAAUCCCUCAGCUCUCUCUUUGCCUCCCCCUGAGGGUCCCAAUACUGGGAUUUUGGUCAUCCAAGAUGAAGGAUCCGAGCCUAGACGUUUCUUUGGAUUGUUCAAGAGCCAUGAGAUCAAACACCUACCUAUACCUCAAAACAAAGACAUAAAGCUUCGUUAUUCAACUGGCACCAGCAAUAAUAACACAAGUGUUGAGCAUUUCUAUGCCGCUUUCGUUCCAGUUCUUGGUCAGCCAUUAUCUUCCAAUCGGUAUUAUGCAAUCAAGUCACGCGGAAGCCAUAAAGGUGAAGCUUACACCUGCUCAACCGAGGAUGACUUGGAAAUCUGUUGUUUCUGCACUUUUGCUCCCACUUUGGAACCAAAACCAUUGCACCCCAGAAACAUAUACCAACAGUUUGAAAUCCACCACAAAGGGAGUUUUAACCAAAUAGGUGGAUUUGUAGCCAAAUCCAUAGCUCCUGACGGAUUCCCACCAAAGUUCUUGGGAAGAAAAGGUUGGGAAAUUCACACACAAAGUUCUUCCCAUGAUCUCAACUUACGUGAAGCACCAGGACUAGACACUUCCCUCAGAGCCCAACUUCCAAAUUUCAACUUCCCAUUAUCAAAUAGGAGCUCUGAUCCUGUUGUUGUAGGGAAAUGGUACUGUCCCUUCAUGUUCAUCAAAGAAGGCACACCGGGAGAUCAAAUGACCAGGUCAAUGUACUAUGAAAUGACACUUGAGCAAAGAUGGGAAAAUAUUUAUGCUUGUGAGAAUGAGAGUGCUGAGCUUGGCAAGGGAAAUAGUAAUUCAGUGGUUGUUGAUGUUCCUGUUGGGAGCAAAGUGGCAGCCAUUGGUGGAAGACAAGGUGGUGGAGUUCAUGAAGAGAGAGAUGGGGUUCGUGGGUUGGUGUGGUAUAAGGGAGAUGGAAUUAGUGUCGGUUUGAGUUUGGUGAUUGUGGAGAGAAUGGAGUGGGAAGUGAAAAGGUUUGGCUGGGUUGGAGGAAAAGAGAAGGAAGCGAGAGUGAAGAAAGUUGAAGAGGUUGGAGAGUGGAAGAGAUUUGGUUGCUUUGUUUUGGUUGAAAGAUUUGUGUUGAAAAGAAUGGAUAGAAGCUUGGUAUUAACUUGUGAUUUCAGGCAUACUCAUCAGAUCCGAAGCAGAUGGGAAUGAGAAUUGUUGUUUUAAUUUCACUUUAUUAACUUUCUUUUACAUGUACAAUUCUUUCAUUUAUUAUGUGAAGAAUGUGAACCAGUCUAAUUUAUGAUUAAAUAAAAGCAUUUUUUUUUUAAAAAAAUUUUCAUUGCUGCAUAAUUCUUGAAUUGUUUUUUUUUUUUUUUUUGGUGGUUAUAUAGAUAAGUUUCUCAAGCACGCUUAUAUAAUUUGUGGAUGUGAAUGUAGUUGGACCACAAAGGACCACAACCAAUGUCAUAAAUCGCUUUGGAUAUUGUCUAUUUCUUAAUUAAUUUGAAUUUAUUGACUAUUCUGGUGAACAUUUUCUUUUUGGCUUGUUGUACAACCGGCUACAAUAAUUGAUCAUAUGGUUAAGCCAUUAAUGAACAUCAAAUUACUAUUUGAAACUCUGUCUUUUUUAUUUUCUUUUCUACAUAUGAUGACAAGAUAAGGCAAUUCUUCAAACAUAGGGAUGGAGUAAAACUGUAAAAGAGCAGAGAGGAAAUGUAUGUGACAAGGCCUCAAUUUUUAUACAGAUGGUCUCCUGAGUCCAAAUUCUGGUUAUCUGGCACUCUCAGUCUAAGACAAAAUUUAAUUAGAAGGUUAUUUCGAAGUCAAAUUAGAAGGUUAUUGAAGAUGUAAAUUAUAUAUAAAAAAAAAAAAAUAGAAUUGAGAGUACUAUUGCACUUUUCAUAAAAGAAUGUAUAAUUUAUAUCCAUUUUGUUGAAAAAAGUUCGCGCAGGUUUGGUGAAGACUACUUCUAAUGCGUUUCUUUUGAACUACUUAAUUAAAGAAAAUGAAUUUUCAAAUGGCAUGCAUAUUUGUCAAUAUGCCUUCGUCAUGGUGCUUGAUUAUUUCAAAUCAACACUUUGUCAUUAAUGUCUAGUACAACUUGAGAAAACUCAACUUAGCCCAAAAAUAGAAACAGCUCGCAAUCAAACAUCGCAUAUUUUUGUCGCAAAAGGAAUAGUCUAUAAAUGCAAAAGCCACUAAUACAAAGAUCCAAAGGUUCACCCUCAAUAUUAAACCAAAAAUUCAAAAUAAAAAAAAAUAAAAAAAAAUCAGGCACCUUACUUACAUGCCACCCGGAGCUGAAAGAGACAUUUGAACCUUCCCAGAAGGUACUAUAAGCUUGAUCUUGUGAAUGACAGAAUGAGACAUAAGUUGACAUAAAAGUUAGAAUUUUCAGUGAAAAGGACCGGUGGCCAACUUCUUAUCUCAAUCUUGUGGAUAAUAAUCCACCACCAGUUACCAAUUCUUUAAUUUUUGUAAUUUUUUUUUUCUAGAUUUAUGAUGAUAAAUAAAGCAAUACAGAAAGAGAAAUAUACAGGGAAGAACAAAAAAGAGCAGAGAAAAAAAAAAAUUAAUAAAAAUGUAUGUGACAAGGCCUCUGUCUUUGUAUAGAAGGUCUCCUGAAUCUCUUUCAUUGCCACCUCCAGAGGGUCCAAAUUCCGGUUAUUUGGUUAUCUUGGAUGAAGAAUCUGAAAAAACAACUUGUUUUGGGUUGUGCAAGGAUAUUUAUAUCAGGGACCUGCCUUUCCCUCAGAACAAAGGUCUAACAAUUUCCUUCACAACAGGCCAAAGUACCUUCCAAGAUGGUGCCGUUCUAAUUCCAGUGCUUAAUCAGCCUUUGUCUACCAAUUGCUAUUAUGUAAUGAGUAGGAAAGGGAAGCAUACAGGGGAAGCAAGCACUAGUUCGAAGGAAGAGGAUACAAUCACUUGCUGCUGGUGCUGCCGUUGCAUUCAAGAUGUUAAACCAGGACCAUUGGAUCCACUGGAUGAAUAUCAACAAGUAGAGAUAAUUCAUAAAAAGCACGGAAGCUUUACAGCUAAAUCUGUUGUCCCAGAUGGGCAUCCUCCUGAAUUCUUAAGGAGAAAAUAUUGGAAUAUUUUUAUGAGCACACGCCACAAUUACCAAUUAGAUGAAGCUCUAGGCCUCGAUCCUUCACUAAGAAAACGUCUACCGGAGUUUAACAAUUUGUCAUUGUCGAAUCAAAGCUCUGAUAGUGCUAUAGUUGUUGGGAAGUGGUAUUGUCCUUUCAUGUUUGUGCAUGAAGAUUUGAAGUUGAAGGACCGGAUGAAGAUAUCAAUGUUUUACGAAGUGACACUCGAGCAAAGCUGGCAAAAGAUUUUUUCAUGUGACAAUAAUGAGAAUGAUAGAAGCAAUGUGGUUGUUGUGGAUGUUUUGGUUCAAAAAGAAGAGGUCUUCAUUAAUGGUGGAAGAGGUGCAACUAUAGGGGAUGCUAUAAGUGUGAACAAUGGGGUGAUGUGGUUUGCGAAUCGCAACAGUGGAGGAGAAGAAAGAAGAGUAGGAUUGAGUGUGUUGGUUGUAGAGAGAUUGAAAUGGGAGGAAGAGAGAUUUGGAUGGGUUGGUGGAGAUGAAAAGAAAGUGAAGGUAGAGAGUGCAGAGGAAUAUGGAGGGAAAGAUAUUGGGUGGACAAAAUUUGGUUGUUUUGUGUUGGUGGAGAGGUUUGUGUUUAGGAGAUUGGAUGGAAGCAUUGUUUUGAGCUAUGAUUUUAAGCACACCCACCAGAUCAGAAGCAAAUGGGAAUGUGAUAAUUUGGUUCUUAAAUUUACUGUUGUAAUAAAGUUCAUUUUGUGAAUGUUUUACUUCAUAGUCUUGCCACAUGCUAAGCAGCUGCUUUUUUGUGCAAUGAUGUCAAAUUCAGUUUAUUUUAUUCUGUAAUCAAAAACUUCUUUUCUUCCUUAAUAUAAUAACCAUGAUAUAUGUAUGUAUAUGUA